AUGCUUGAUAACGAAGAAUACUCUCAUGGACGUCGAAGGAGCGUCGACGUCGGCGGUUUGGCGCUUGCACUCGAAAACCAAGGCUUGGGUCAUGGGUGGGGUGGAUGGGAAGAAGAUGAGCAAGGAGAAACUCGCUAUGCCGAACUACUUAGCGAUAUGUACAACCACACCCAGACUACCGUCAGCCAUCAUGUACAUGACAUCUCUCCAAUCGUGAUACCUGCCCAUACGCGAGCCCACCUAAUCAAAUCUCUCGAUAGUUGGCAUUUCGAGCCGCAGAACCUACCUGAGGAGGAAGUCCUAUUCUGCGCGCAAAUUUUGUUUGAAAGUCUGUUCCGAAUUGAGCAUAUGCGAGAGGAUAUAGGCGUCUCCCUCGAUGAUAUCUCCGUGUUCUUGAAACAUCUGCAGCCCCUAUACUGUGGACAUAAUAGUUAUCAUAAUUUUCAGCAUGCUGUAGAUGUGAUGCAGGCCUCCCAGGCCUUCCUGUGUGCAGCAGGUGUCGUACCUCCAGUGUCUAUAUUGUUGGAUAAUGACAACUGCACAUGGAGACCAAACAAGCUCGGGAAGGAACGACGUCUCGCAUUCGAUCUCAACAACACGUGUCUUUUUGCUCUGUACAUUGUUGCCAUUGGCCAUGAUGUGGGUCAUCCCGGAUUGACAAAUAUGUUCAUGAAAAAUGCCAAGGCGCCGUUAUCCGACGUGUAUGACAACAAAUCAGCUCUUGAACAGAUGCACUGUGCCCUCCUCAUACAAGCAAUGCGGCACCAUGGCCUUGGGAAACUCUUGGAUCGACCAGACAGCGGUUUUCGGAAAAUGCUUGCUGGUAUCGUACUGGCUACGGACAUGAGUGUCCACUAUCAAUUCAUCAGAGAUUUUCAAUCACUUGUGGAUGGUAGAGAAUAUUCUUUGGAUCGGCGCCGAUUACUGCUUUGCCAGGCAAUAAUUAAGUGUGCUGACAUUAGCAAUCCUAGUCGGCCGCCUGGUGUCUCGCAUUACUGGGCAAAUGCCUUGAUGGCUGAGUGGACCUAUCAAGCAUCACUAGAGAAGCGCUGGAGUUUACCGCCAUCCGUCACGCCUUCCGAAUGCCCAUUAGACCAAGUCCGAGGACAGAUAUUUUUUAUUGGUUCAUACGCCAAGCCACUCAUGGACCUUGUUGCACAAGCUGUUCCUGGUAUUUUGCGUUUUAUAUUCGCUUGUCAGUGCACUGCAAAUUUAGCCAUGUGGGUGGCCCGCGAAGAAGUUCUGUCCUCCUCAUCUGCAGAAGAUUCUCCAUGCCCUCCUGUAGUCACACCAUCCCUUCGUCCUCCUAACGAUUUUAUCACUUCCUUUCCCCUCACUCUCCCCGCAUUCGUUCUUACAGCUGACGAGCCUCUUACCUGCGGCGAGUGGCAUUCUACAUAUCCGCCCUCAGAUUCCUCAUCAUCAUCGGAUUUUGGUUCUGAUGUUCACGUCGAUCCCCUAGUGGUAUUCCCAUCCCUUUCACCCCCUGCAUCCCCCGUGCCAUCCGUAUGCUCGUCUUACGCCCCUGCUCCACGUAGUUCGUCAUCAAGUCUCGCAAGCAAUACUAGCGAUGCUACACAAGCGAUGCGAGCCGCUUAUUCAGCGAGUGUGCGGAAGAAGAAAAGUUUCCAUCACCGGUACUCUUGGAAUGUAUCCAUCAACUCUGGAUCGUCCACAGGUGUCUCAAGUCCCCCACCAUUACUUGCCACCAUUCCAAAAGCUGCACUAUUGCUAACUGAGUCCACUGCGUCAAACGGAGCUACUGUCGCGUCAGUCACUGCCGUGGUAUCAUCCCCCGUAGGUGGUGAGAAUAACGGAGGACUGAAGGUGCCAUGA